AUGUCUGACAGAGGAAUCAUCAAUCUGGCAUUGUCCAAGAGGCAACCUCUGCUCAAAGACAAACCCGCUGCUGGCGAUGACCAAUCCCUCCUUCCAAAAGCAACCAAAACUCACCCCAGGGGCAGCAAAGGGGAUGAAAAUGCAAACGUCUAUUUUAUCGGAACAGCCACCACAGUCAUAGAAUGGCAAGGCUUUCGUCUCCUCACGGACCCAAACUUUCUCCAUGCUGGUGAUCACGUCCAUCUUGGCCCUGGUGUCACUGCCCAACGAGAGACCAACCCAGCAGUUGACUUGCACGAGUUACCUUCGCUGGACGGCAUUCUUCUCUCUCAUUACCAUGAAGAUCACUUCGAUCGACUCGUCGAAGAUUCGCUCAAUAGGGACUUUCUCAUUGUCACUACUCCCCAUGCCCAUAAAUGCUUGACAGCUAAAGACCCGCCCUUCACCAACGUCAAGGCACUUGACUUUUUCGACCAUGUGAAGCUCAAAUCUGAUGAUACUGAAGCUGGAAAACAAGCCCCUGUCAUCAAAGUCACUGGCAUGCCGGGCAAACAUGUCCCUCCUGGUCCCCUGGCCGCAUUGAACGACCUCCUCGGUGCGGUUCCGCCUACCAACGGCUGGAUGCUCGAGCUAGGCUGCCACAACGACGGAGAUGAAAGGGUGCAAACUGGCUAUCGUAUCUACAUCUCUGGAGAUACCCUCCUCGUGGAUGAGCUCAAAGAUAUUCCGAAGUGGCUUCAACAGAAGCGUAUCGACUUGAUGCUGAUUCACCUGGGAGGAACCACUAUCCCUGGGCCGUCUGCACCUCUGCUCAUGGUUACCAUGGAUGCGAAACAAGGUGUUGAGAUGAUUCAAAUGAUGGAUCCCGAUGUUACUAUCCCCAUUCAUUACGAUGACUACGAUGUUUUUCUAUCUUCACGAAAUGACUUUGAGAAAGCUGUAAAGGAGGCUGGGUUGGAGGACAGAGUCGUGCUUCUGGAUAGAGGCGACAGAUAUCAAUUCGCAGUCAGGAAGGAUUAG